AUGGCUAGGAGGAGUGUGGGUAUGGUUUCUCCUAGUAGAACACAGGGUCUACAGUAUCCACCUAUGGUUAGACAAGGCUCAUAUUAUAGCCUCCUCACUCUUGAUGAUGAGGUUCAGAGCCAUUAUCAGUUGGGAAACACAGGGAAGCCUCUCCAUAGUAUGAAUUUGGAUGAGCUUCAUAAAAAUGUGAUCUCAGCUGAUCAGAGUGGACAACUUCUUCAAGACCCUUCAUCUGAUCAUAAUAAUUCAUUUAUUCUUGGUAGCAAUGGUAGUUUGAAUAAUGACACAUUGAGCAACAAAACCAAUAAUGAUAGUAUUAGUGAGUCUUGGAGGAAGUUUGUUCUCGAAGAACAGGUGAGCAGGUCUAUGGACACCCCCUUGAAGCAACAACCUAGUUUGGGGGAAAACCUAGAAAAUUUUCUAGCUCGUGCAGGUGUGAUCAAUGUAGGAGAUCAUCAAGAUCACAAUGUUAAUGUUGUUAUUGGUGGUGAUACUCAUCAUCAGGCCCUGAUGGGAAUGGAUCCAAUGGUGAUGCAUUCACAGCAGGAACAUUGGUUGCAAAUGCAAAUUCCUGCAGCUAUUAACAUACACCAACAUCAGGAGCAACAGCAUCAUCAUCAACAGAUGAAUUUUGGGGGAUGUCAAGAUUUCAGUGUUCCUAAGUCAUUAUUUUAUGAGAACCAAGUAAUGGAAAUUGGUUACUCAGAAAAUUCAGCGGGGAUUUCAUCAAUGUCACCUGCAUAUUCAGAUUCAAAGAGUGCUGUGUUUGGAAAGAACAAGUAUUCAGAUGAGGUGCUGGAAAGGACUAUUGAGAGGAGGCAGAAGAGAAUGGCCAAAAACCGCGAAUCUGCCGGAAGAUCAAGGGCAAAGAAGCAGGAACACAUUAAUAGGUUAGAGAAAGAGAAGUGUCGCUUGCAGAAAAUGAAUAGCCAGCUCAAAAAGCUGAAGUUUCUGCAUGACUGCAUUAUUGCUUUGUAUUUGGUUAGCAAAUAG